CGCCUCGCCGCGGAGCUACUCGCGGUCAGCGGCGGCCGCCUUUAUGGUGACUGGCUGCGCGGGGGCCGGCGCUGGGGAACACCUUAUUUUAAGAUACGCACUAUAAAUACCGCACCUGGGAUGGGAGCGGAGCUACGAGCUACAGCGGGCGGCGCGGGUUCCACGCGAGGCGCACGGCGGCAGUGAGCGGCUCCGGACCACGCAGGACUCUGCCUGGGCGUCGCAAACAGCCGCCGAGCCCGCGGCGGAGGGCAGCUGGUGGCGGCCGGUGGCUCUAGCGAGGAGGAAGAGGAGGAGGAGGAGGCGGCCCUGGGCAGGGGCGCCGCCGGAAGAGUUGGCCGCCCGCCCUCGCCCCGCAGCCGGCGCCGCUCGCGGAGCUCCGCAGCCGCCGUCCCCGCCGCCUGGCAGCGCCGCCCGCGCCCCGCGCCCGCCGGCAUGAUGCAGAUCUGCGACUCGUACAGCCAGAAGUACUCCCUCUUCAACGCCAUGAACCGCUUCAUCGGCGCCGUCAACAACAUGGACCAGACGGUGAUGGUGCCCAGCCUGCUGCGCGACGUGCCGCUGCUGCUGGAGGAGCUGGACGCGGCGGGCGGCGUGUGCCCGGAGCGGGACGCCGCGCUGCCGCCGGCCAACGCCGGCGCCUACUUCUCCCGCAGGGACAUGUACAGCCACUACAUGCUGCUCAAGUCCAUCCGCAACGACAUCGAGUGGGGCGUGGUGCAGCAGCAGGCGGGCGAGGAGGCCGGCCGCAAGAAGGACAAGCUGAGCGGCGGCCCCGCCGCGGACAUUAGCCGCGGCCUCGCCGAGGAUGGCGAGGCGGAGGAGGACCUGGAGAAGCAGUUCCACUACCACCUCAGCGGACUGCACACGGUGCUCUCCAAGCUCACCCGCAAGGCCAACGUGCUCACCAACCGAUACAAGCAGGAGAUCGGCUUCAGCAGCUGGGGGCAGUGAGCGCGGGCCGCGCCGCGCCGCCGGCACCGCGGCGGGCGGGGAGGUGAAAUGGCGGGGGGCGAGCGCGGGCGCGGGGGAGGGGCGCGGGCAGGGCAGCGCGGCGGCGGCGGCGGUUGGAGGCGUUGGGCGGCGCGGGAGGGCGAGGCGACGGCGGCGGCGGGAGCCCGGCUCCCCCCCGCGGGCUGCGGCCGGCGGCGCUUUCCUGUUUUGCACUACUUUUAUAACGAUGAUACGCGCGUGUGUACGUGAAGCGUAAGGUCUCCUCGCAUGCUCUUAAAACUGCAGUUAUUUUUACCAACGCACAAACAAGAGAUGUAAAUUAAUCAGUACUAGUUUUUUUUUUUUUUUUUUUUUUUUUGAUACGGCCUGGGGUGAGCAGUUACCGCGCCUCGCUGAAUGGGGAGGCUGAGCUGAGCUUGUAGGUGUGUGAGCCGAUUGUGUAGCUGGCCGGUGUGAGGCUGAAAACAAGCCAAUGAAAGUCACCAAACUGGUAUAAAAGUACUUACUUACAUUACCCGGGACGGAGCCCAGUGGACUCGUGAACAUGCCUAUGUCACUGGAAGGAUGAAGGGUUCCCUGGUUGUACAUGUAUGGGAGUUUAUUUAAAACUUUUUUUUAUUCAGAUGUAGAGUAUAUUCUAAAAUAAAUGCGAAUGUAAUAACUAA